CCUUGACGGAAAGAUUUCGGGGUUACGUAAGGAGCCGGAAUGAAAAUUUAGCGUUUUACAUUUUAUACCCAACUCGGGGAGUGAAAAAAAUAAUAAAGAGGAGGGGGAGAAAGAGAGAUUAGCGACGCCCCGUGAGGUGCGGCUGGGCUCUGGAUGAGAGGAGAUGGCGGGGAACUUCUGGCAGAGCUCGCACUAUUUACAGUGGAUCCUUGAUAAGCAAGAUGUAAUGAAGGAGCGGCAGAAAGAUUUGAAGUUCCUAACAGAAGAAGAAUAUUGGAAACUACAAAUAUUUUUUGCAAAUGUGAUCCAAGCCCUUGGGGAGCACCUCAAAUUGAGGCAGCAAGUUAUUGCAACUGCAACAGUCUACUUCAAGAGAUUCUAUGCCAGAUACUCGCUGAAAAGUAUAGAUCCAGUACUGAUGGCUCCAACUUGUGUAUUUUUAGCAUCAAAAGUAGAGGAAUUUGGUGUUGUCUCAAACACACGUUUGAUUUCAGCUUCAACUUCAGUGUUAAAAACCAGGUUUUCUUAUGCAUUUCCGAAAGAAUUCCCUUACAGAAUGAACCAUAUAUUGGAAUGUGAAUUUUAUUUGUUAGAGUUAAUGGAUUGCUGUUUAAUAGUAUACCAUCCAUAUAGACCAUUGCUACAGUAUGUACAAGAUAUGGGACAAGAAGACAUGCUACUGCCAUUAGCAUGGAGGAUAGUGAAUGACACCUACAGGACAGACCUAUGCCUCAUGUAUCCUCCAUUCAUGAUAGCCUUGGCCUGCUUGCAUGUAGCAUGUGUGGUCCAGCAAAAAGAUGCACGUCAAUGGUUCGCUGAACUCUCAGUGGAUAUGGAGAAGAUCCUGGAGAUAAUCAGAGUCAUUCUAAAGUUAUAUGAUCUAUGGAAGAAUUUUGAUGAUAGAAAAGAAAUGGCUGCAAUCCUCAACAAGAUGCCAAAACCAAAACCACCUCCAAACAGUGAAGGAGAGCAGGGACCCAAUGGCAAUCAAAAUUCAACCUAUAACCAAUCCUAAUAGAUUGGCAGUUUCAUGUUACAAGAAGCUGUGAAAUGGAAUGGAUUUGGACUGUCUGAUUGACGUGGAAAUUCCUUUCACUUCAUAAAGACGUUCUGCCAGUUGGUGUGGUGGAGAAGACACUUGAGUGUGGUUUAAGAGACUGGUUUAAGAAAGAAAACCUAUUGUUGGAAACGAAGAAAAUUACUCAGUUGCUGCUGCAAAAACACUUGAGUUUCACUUAUGUUUGUAACUUUUUGUUGUAUGUUUAGGGGGCAUUGUACUUGUCGCCCGAUUCAAGCUGUGCUUUAGAAUUGUGUAGAAUAAAAUCUAUGCCAAAUUUUAAGAUUUGUGCAAAUUCCUUGAUCCAACUGAAAAAAAAAUUGAGCAACAGAGAAUGAUACAGUAGCUUAAUUAUAUUUGUAAGUUCCUGAAAAUUUAAGACAAUAAAUUUCUUUAUACCUUUUAAAGAAAGCUAAAAUAUUUUUGUUUGGUACUUGAGCUGUUAUGUGGAAUUAAUUUCCAUAAUUUUGAAAUGCAAUCUGUGUAGGUUGAGAUAGAUAUUGUUAACCAAACAACCAGGUCAAGAUUAGACCUCCCACACAAGUUUCCAGACAUAAUGCUAAGCAUUGAUCCUUCAUGUUUUAAAAUUGAGUAAAAUUGUUGUUUUCUCAUCUUGUUAAAUAAAAUUUAAAUGCCAUUUUUAAAAUGGAAUUUUAAAA